UUUACAUACCUCGAAUCACAUGGUGCAUUAUUUUUAUUCGCAUAAUAUGGGUCCGUGGCGUGUGCGCGUUAUACAGUAAUAAAUGCAGAGCCGCCUCACUCUAAUCAAGCUGAUUAAAAAUUCCUGCGCGCACAGCCGGAAAUCGCACCAUCUUCUGCUUUCUUUCCAGUUUUUUACUUUUUAUUUUUCGGGGUUUUGCGCUUUUUUUGCUAGGAGAUCGGCCGUCACGGGAGGCUGUGCUGGCUGAUUGGAAAUGCGCUGCAAAGAUCCGCUGGCCGGGGUGUUACUUUCUGUUGAAAUGAGGAGAAAGAGCAGAACCCAGUCACUGCGAGCGCCGGAGAGGGGAGUGAUGAGUCAAUGCAACUAAUAAUUUAAUGGGGACACGGAGAGGGGGACGGGAGGAAGACAGAGGAGCGCCGUCCGGGCACAAAUAAAACCGGCAGAAAACAUUCCCAACGCGGGGAGCUGUCAGGCAUUUACACCGCGUCAAUGCUGCUUCCAGAAUCGGAAACUAAAACGGACUUCCCCCCUCCCCUUCUCAUCUGUUCUGUAAUAAUCAUGCAUCGUCUUGAUAAAAAGGCAGACGCUCCGUUUUUUUCCAACCCUGGACAGUAGAGAAGCUGAAGUACCGAACCGCUGGAGAUCUUUCUAGCUACACAGCCAUGCAAGUGACUACGGAAGAUGGUUACCGGUUUAUAAAUGAUAGGUUUUUAGUGUUUUGUUGAGUUCUGUUUCUUAGGGUUUGUUUCUUUUGUAUGAGGCUUGGUUGUUUUCGGGGAUGGAUUUGCAGGCUGUGUGAACUGCAUAGAAGUGUCCGACACAGCAGCAUAUGGCCGUGAAUGUCCGUGUGUCUGAGAUGUACGUGUAUCGGAACUGUGCACAUCUCAGACAUGACCCGUUGUUACUUCGUAACAUGGCGAGCUUUAUAUUUUCAGCCCGUUGGCACAGAGGCCAAUUAGUGGUUUCGGUAUAAUGUGCAUUAUGCGUCUGCAUCUGUCGCUCAUCCAUGUUGCUGUUUCUCAGCAAAGCUGAACUUCUCACUUGUGCUCGAACGCUCCGUGGUUUAGGGGAAUCGCCUUUUCGGUCUUCAAAUAAAGAAUAUUCAUUUCCCGAGAAGACUUGACAUCUGUUGUCAUACCGACCUAGAAAGAAAACGCUGAAGUUUUUUUUUCUUCUUUCAAACGAACUUGAAGAAAGGCGCUUGGCACUCGGGCGGCUGUAUAUGCUUUCCAGUUCAGAAGUACUCGAUUUCAGGUUGGUGUCGCUAAAUUUGCGUCAAAAUUGCUAAAUUGUUCCCGGCUUUAAAAUGUAACUUUCGUAUUCUCCAGCUUGGACGUUUCCUCCAUUUGCGCAGUGGCUAUACUUUAUUGCAAUAUCACUUCAAUUGUGACUAUUUCCGAGCACUUUAUCAUCCUUUUUCAUUGAACCAUUAAGGAAUAUGAACUGUAAAUAUAACCCCGCGUUCGAGUAAAAUUGAUUAAUUUGUUAUCAGUUUGUUGUUGUUGUUGUUGAUGAUGAUAGUAAUAUUAUCGAUAGUUGCAGAGUCAGUAAUGCAGCUCGGAUUUUGUAGGUAGUGUCAUGCCUAAUAUUCGGCCGUAGGCUGCUGCUGUCUGCAUAGGAAUAACAGACCGACGCACUCUGCACCUUACAAGUUAGUCAACAGCUUGUUUUUCCCCCCUCUUUUCUUUUUUUACCCCAAAACGAUGUGAAAGCGGAGUAUCUUUUGGUAAUUAAACGAACCAAAAUGUGCUACAGAAAAAUCUGCAAGUCCAGCCCUGCCAGGUGAAGGUGACUGUGAGCAGUGGUGCUGAGAAUGAUGGAUCAUCUCAGUGAGACCUGCCUGGGGAAGGAGAACUGCGAGCUGCCCAACAACAUGGGGGAGGCCAAGGGCCCCCCAGCCAAGAUGGCGCGGCUGGAGCAGAACGGGAGUCCCCUCGGCAAGGCUCGCCUUGGGAGCACCGGGCCCAAGAUCCCUGGCGUCCCCUUGAAACCGUCCGGACACCUGCUGAAGAUCUGCCACAAGAAAGGUAGCCGCCUGGGGAGCGAUGGUGCCGCUGGGUAUGAAUGGACGGGGCUUCAUACUGCGGCUCUGUGCCGCGCGUGCAGGUUAGGGGCCGUAGUGCAGUGCCUGUUCCUGUUCCCAGGAUCAGAUGGUAAUUCUGCAUUUACGAUAUUUCUAUCCAGUCAAGCGAAAGUGUGGCCGCGAAAUUCCGGCGGUAUUCCCGACGUUCCGGGAGCGGCACCUAGUUGCCCUAAACUGGAAGACUUGCCUCCAGAGCAGUGGACCCACUCUACAGUAAGAAACGCCCUCAAGGAGUUACUGAAAGACAUGAACCAGAGCUCUUUGGCAAAAGAAUGCCCCUUGUCACAGAGUAUGAUCUCCUCCAUUGUGAACAGCACUUACUAUGCAAAUGUCUCUGCGGCGAAGUGUCAGGAAUUUGGUCGCUGGUAUAAACAUUUCAAGAAGACAAAGGAUAUGAUGGUAAUGCGCCAGCCCUCCCAGCUGGAGGGGUACCUAGGGACGUGUGUCCUCCACGACAGCCCACGUGCCGCUGCAGUAGAGAUGGACAGUUUAUCGGACCUUUCCCCACCUGGAACGAACCACAUGAGCUUCAGCCAGCAGCCGAUCCCAGGCAGCACGGCGGAGCAGCCCGCAUCGCCCGUUCCGCUGUCCCACGGCGGUCAGGCCUCGGGCCGGGCCCAGCUGCCUGGUCUCCACCCCAGCCUGGUCUCCACCCCAAUCAGCCCUCAGCUCGUCAACCAGCAGAUUGUCAUGGCACAGUUUCUCAACCAGCAGUACGCCGUCAACCGGCUCCUGGCCCAGCAAUCGCUCAGCCAGCAGUACCUGAACCACCCGCCCGUCAACCGAGCCCUCAACAAGCCCCUGGAACCCCAGGUGACCUCCAACACGGAGGUCUCCUCAGAAAUCUACCAGUGGGUCCGUGACGAGCUGAAGAGGGCUGGUAUCUCCCAGGCAGUCUUUGCACGUGUGGCCUUCAACAGGACACAGGGCCUGCUGUCUGAGAUCCUGCGGAAAGAGGAGGACCCGAAAACCGCCUCGCAGUCGCUGCUGGUGAACCUGCGCGCCAUGCAGAACUUCCUGCAGCUGCCAGAAGCUGAGCGGGACCGCAUCUACCAGGAGGAGCGCGAGAGGAGCCUGACCGCCGCCUCGGCCAUGGGGCCCGCGCCCCUGAUUAGCACCACCCCGACUCGGCCGGUACAGCCCAGGAGAGAGGAAUGCAACAAUGCCAGGCCUGAGGACUGGAAUCCCAGGAUUCCCGUGGGCAUUUCACCCGUGAAGCCCUCGCCCCUCCCCACUGAAUGGAACGGGAAAUCCGACAGCAGCAUCCUGAACAUAAAUGCCACCAUCUACGACGAGAUCCAGCAGGAGAUGAAGCGUGCCAAAGUGUCCCAGGCCUUGUUCGCUAAGGUGGCUGCGUCUAAGAGCCAGGGCUGGCUGUGUGAGCUGCUGCGGUGGAAGGAAGACCCGUCCCCGGAGAACCGGACCCUGUGGGAGAACCUGUCCAUGAUCCGCCGCUUCCUGAGCCUGCCGCAGGCGGAGCGCGACGCCAUCUACGAGCAGGAGAGCAGUGUGGGCCAGCAGCAUCACGUCGACCGCCCCCCCCACAUCUUACACGUGCCCUCAGAGCCCCUGCAGUCUCAGCCUCAUCCACAGCCUCAGCACCAGACCCACUUGUCACAGCAGAGCCCCCCCCAGCCCCCACUGUCCCAGCAGCCCUUGCAGCAGCCGAUGGGGCCCCGCCUUCCACCCCGGCAGCCGUCCACUGCCCUACCGGCCGAAUCGGAGGAUGACACCCGCAGCAAAGUCCAGCCCGCGGGCAAGAUCUCGUUGGAAGCCUUAGGCAUUCUGCAGAGCUUCAUCCAGGACGUGGGCCUGUACCCAGAUGACGAGGCCAUCCAUACGCUCUCUGCACAGCUGGAUCUGCCCAAGCACACCAUCAUUAAGUUCUUCCAGAACCAGCGCUUUUACAUCAACCAUCAAGGUAAGCUGAAGGAUCACGCCGGCUUUGAGGAGGACCUGGCGGACUUCAGGGAGGGCGAGUUGCUGAAGGACCUGAACGAGAACGCGCAGACCAACAGCACGGUUUUCUCAAUCAAGAUCGAGGAGCAGCUGUCGGCUGACAUUCACUCGGAGUCCGACCACGACUCGAAAGAGUAGCCCUACUCUUCAUACUGUAAUACUAUUUAAAUAGACUUUAAAACGAUAGUAUUACUCCUGAUUUCCUUUUCAAUUUGUAAACCAUGUAUUAUUAACUGUAAAAAGGAAAUGGAUGCAUCAUUUAUGAACUUGCACAAAAAAAAAAUACGUAUGUUACCGUGGAUAUUUGCAGAUUGCACUUGACGUGCAUCGUUUUUACACUGAUUUUGAGCUACUGAUAAAAGUCAAUAGAGUUUGAUAGAUUUUGAUAGAUGUUUAUGUUAUGUGGUGUUCACUGGAAUUCACAAGCGUACAGUGCGGCUGAAGACAAGGCCUUAACGUGGAGGCUUGGAUGCCUGCUGCAGUGACAUUAUUCUCUCUAGCUAAAAAGAAAAUAAUAAUAAUAAUAAAAGCUGAAACUUGAUUAUAGGUCACGCAAACUGGAAAUGGUCGAAAAGCGAAGAGUCUUGGAAGUAUAGCUAGCUCGAUUCUUCAACAUUCGUUAAUGAGAAGUAUGUGUCCAUGUGUGUGUUUUGUGUAUGCACAAACACACAAACACAAUUAUAUAUAUAAUAUAUAUAUAUAACAUUAAAAUAUACUUUACCAAUAGACAUAUUAAUUGUAAAAAGAUAGUUUUAAAAAAAACUAUGCCAACAAAUGCCUUGUAUUAUAUGGCACUGCCGAUGUUCAAUUAUUUUGCAAAAAGUUUGUCACUGUAACUUACUGAAUCUCCACACGGUUUAAAAUGUGAAACAACCUCCGUUUUGUUGUCCUAUUUAUUUUGCAGAUUCUGAUGUAAUUACUUUUUUUGGAAGGUUCUGUUACGUAAAGCUUUUUUUUUCCAUUUUAUCCUUUUUCUAUUUAUAAUUGUAAUUUUGAUGGGCAGUUUAUCUGAAGUGUCUUAAACGUUUUAAAUGGAAAAUGUGCUUUAACGGUUGCCUAUUAAAAAGUGCUGUAUGUCAAGCAACACAUGCUACAAGCUUCACAAUGGUUGUAUGCAAUUUUUACUAUCAUGCAAAUAAGUAAGCUUAGGUAAAUACUAACCUAUAGAACACCUUAGAGAAAGAAAAAAAAACAUAUGCAAUUUAUGUGAAAAUAAAUGUCUGCAAUGUGUCUUCCUUUGGUUAACGAUCCAAUUUGAAGCUAUUCCUGUAUAAAUAUUCUGUAUAAAAAAAAGACGUGUUUCUUUUUUAUGAGUUUAUUGCAAUGAGAACACCGGUUAUUUUGUUACAACUAACUGUUUUAUAAGUGUUCCUCUGUUCUCUUAAUCCAGAAAUGUUCUAACUAGGAGUGGUUGAUUGUUAAUGACACAAUUAAACUGUUUGUAUUGUA